AGUCCCUCCCCCCGCUUCCGCUAUGGCGAAGCUGCUGAGCUGCGUCCUGGGCCCGCGGCUCUACCGAGUCCAUCGGACGGGAGCGGGGGGGGGAGGGGAAGGAACCGGGAACAGCGGCGGGGAGAGGAGCUGGGAUUCCUACUACCAGCCGCGGGGGCUGGAGAAGCACACGGACAGUGUCCUGGCACUGGCCUCGGUGCUCUGGUCCAUCUCCUACUAUGCAUCACCACUGGCUGUGUUCUACCUGUACCGCAAAGGGCUGCUGACCAUGUCCCGUGUGAUCCCCAUGUCCCAUUGCGCCGCUACCAUCGUGCUGCUGCUGGCGGGGGUGGCGUGUCUGCGAGGCAUCGGGCGCUGGAGCAACCCCCAGUACGUGGAGUUCAUCUCAGUGCUGGAGGACAGUCACCGCCUGGGCACCCCCGAGACCAAGCGCAAACUGGCCCAGUACAGCUUCGACUUCAGGAGCUGGCCCAUUGACUUCCGUUGGGACAGCACCGGGGCCCCAUGGGGAGGCUCUCGGGCUGUUCCAUUGCUCCGCACCCCCCCCCGGCACCGCGGGUCUGCACGGGGCUUCCUGGGGGCUCUGCGCAAGGUGCCCUGCAGGCUGGCCAGCCUGGUCCUGGCGCACACCCUGGGCCGGAGGAUGCUGUUCCCGGGGUCAGUUCGGCUGCUGCAGAAGCUGCUGCUGCCAUCACUGCUGCAGGGGCAGGCCAGGCUGGUGGAGGAGGUGGGGGGGCAGCGCGCGAAGCUCUUGGCCUGUGAUGGCAACGAGAUCGACGCCAUGUUCAUUGACCGACGGCAGCGGCCUGGGCCCCACGGCAGCACCCUGGUCAUCUGCUGUGAGGGCAACGCUGGGUUCUACGAGGUCGGCUGCUUGUGUACCCCAUUGGAGGCCGGUUACUCUGUCCUGGGCUGGAACCAUCCUGGCUUUGGGGGCAGCACCGGGGUGCCGCUGCCCCAGAGCGAGGCCAACGCUAUGGACGUUGUGGUUCGGUUUGCGCUGCAGGAGCUUCAGUUCCCCCCCCACAGCAUCGUCCUCUAUGCAUGGUCCAUAGGAGGCUUUACUGCCACAUGGGCAGCAAUGUCCUACCCGGAGCUUGGAGCUCUUGUACUUGAUGCCUCCUUCGAUGACCUGGUGCCUCUGGCGCUGAAGGUUCUGCCGCGGAGCUGGGGGGAGCUGGUGACCAGGACCGUGCGGGAGCACCUGAACCUCAACAAUGCUGAGCAGCUCUGCAGGUACCAGGGGCCGGUGCUGUUAGUGAGGAGGACGAGGGACGAGAUCAUCACAACCACGGUCCCCGAUGACAUCGCAUCCAAUAGGGGCAAUGAUCUCCUGCUGAAGCUGCUGCAGCACAGAUACCCCAAGAUUAUGGCGGAUGAGGGCACCCGGAUCGUGCGGGAAUGGCUGGAGACAGCGACACCAGCAGAGGAGAGGGCGCUGGCGCAGAGGUGCCCUGUGGACGAGCGCUGGUGCCUGGAGCUGCUCGAGGCCUUCGCGGGUGACAGAGACCCACAGUUCCCAUGGAGCCUGGGGGAGGAGCUGUCGGGGGAGGAGCGGCAGCAGCUGGCGCUGUUCCUGGCGCAGAAGCACCUCCAGAACUUCGAGGCCUCGCACUGCACGCCCCUCCCCCCCCAGGCCUUCCGCCUGCCCUGGAGCCUCUGACCUCUGACCCCCAUCGCCCCU